GUACCGGAUUUUUACAGAUAAAUGAAGAAUAAUAGUGUGUCAAGUGGUGAAGAUAGUGGCAACACUGUCGAUAACGCUUCAUCUUAUGUAAAUGGCGUUAAUGAGAAGACUCAAGAGUCAAAUAGACUAUCUGCUACAGAAGGUUCUCUGGGUAGCAUAGAGACCCCCUUCGGUGCCUUCACUAAAGACGGGAAGUAUGUGGUCGUGAUGUCUCCAAAUGGAAAUCUAUCGUUGUUUCAGACCAAUAUAGACACUCUAGUUUCAGAGAAUGCAGCUGGAACAUCCACAGAUACGAGAACUCUGGAGUUCAAAAGUCGAAUUCCAUUGCAGAGUGAACAGAGGAAAAAGACCGAGUUGAAACAAAACAAACAAGACGCUGUAGCACAAUUAACUUCUGGUAAAGCUGGCAAAGUUACUUGUUUGGCAAUAUCAUACCAACCGUUGCCGAAUGAAAAGUCAAAAACUGUCAAAAGGAGAAAACAAAUUCCUGAGAGUAACGAAGCUCUUGAUAUUAUCAUUGCUAUAGGGUUCCAUCUCGGUGAAGUUUUGUUGCGCAAGUCCGGAGGCUUCUCUGACCUGGAAGUCUUUCAUGGUUGUCCCGAAAGUAUUCAGGCACAUAACAAGCGACAAGUAUCUGGAAUCUGUUUCUCGCAAGACGCUUCUAAAAUGUUUUCGUCAGGACAUGACGGAAAUAUAGUUAUCUGGGAAAGGAGCUCAUUCAGUUCACCUCCCUAUCCGAAAAGGAGAAUAGUUCAUGGAGCCAGUCAAUCUAUCAGUUGUAUUGCUUGUAACAAAGCUGGUACUCGCUUAGCCGUUGGAGAUACAGAAAUUUCCUUAUAUGAUGUUGAAAAGGGAAGCAAAAUACUCUAUUUUCGUGGUCAUAGGAAUCCAAUAAGUGGUUUGUCGUUCUUUUUGGAAGACAAUUUCCUGGUAUCUUGCAGUGUUCAUGAAAACAAUGCGUACAUCUGGUCUUGUAAUGAGGAAAGUCAAAAGCUGAAUUCGGCUAAUGAGGUUGGAGGCUCAGAAGUAAAUCAACGGAGCUAUCCCGAGUUGAAUGGACAAGUGGAAUCCAAGAAAGCUUGGAAGAGAACCAGACCAUCGGACGACGUUCAUAUGCCACGAACUGUGUCUGGAGUAUUGCGUAGUAACUUUCCGGUCAAAUUUGUCAAUGUACUGUCUGAAGACUGGAAGAAGAAAUGUUGCCUGCUAACUUGUAUUCUUGCAGAUGGUACCGUAUCCGGCUAUGAAUUGUCCGUGCAACAACUCGAAAAAGAGAAUGAGGCAGCAUUUUCAUUAGAAUCUCCGUCUUUUACGACUGUUACUUCCACUAGUGAUGAUGCAAUUUUUACUACAGCAAUGGACUCAACGCAUACUUUUGUUUUAUUCGGACACGGUGGCUUUUUAAAGCCUAUUAUCGAAGCAGUUUCGUUAUCGGAAAUUCAAAGAGAAGCCAGCUUCCGAUUGAAGCCCAAACAAAAAGGGGGAAUAUUACGAGUGAACAAUGCAUUUUCUCACUUGAAUGAAGCUUCCAAUCGUCUAGUGAAACAUUUGCGAGAAGAAAAAGAAUCAGAAGUAUUAAGCAACAAGCAGCUUUCAGUUGCAUCCCAAGCUGUUUUGAAGAAUGCCAGUGAAGAUAUGAACAAUACAGUAAAAGAUGGAGCUGCUGAAGUAGCGGAUAGUGAAGAAGAGCAGACACUGGAAGCAAAGCUUAAUCAUUUGAACGUCAGUGAAACUUUAUUGGAGUCUGCACCACCCAAAAAGUUUGAGAAACAAGCGGAACGUCCAAGAAGAAAUCUCGAAACUUCGAUUCGCAUAUUAGAGCAGGCUGUCGGUCAUCACGAUACUAAACUUUUAGAAAGAGCGUUAGCUUCCGUGACAGAUAAAAGGCAGAUUCAACGUACUGUAGGAAGACUUGAUAGUAGUUGUGUGGUACCGCUGCUUCGUGAGCUGAUUUUGCGUUUUGAGUCUAACCCUAACCGUGCCAAAGUUCUUUUGGUUUGGAUACAAUCUGUUCUGAUACGUCACGCGUCAUUUCUUUCGUCUACUGGAGAGUUGGUAGAUGAACUCAAACGUCUUCAAGAAGUGAUGGAGGAAAGAAUGGACGUGUUUCAAAGUAUACUAGAGUUGGAAGGGAGACUGGAACUAAUAACUUCUCAUUUCAAAACAAAUUUAGAAGACCAGAAUAGUGAACAGCCCAUGUUUGAAUAUGACGAGGAGGAUUCAGAAGCGAGUAACGCUUCAGAUGCAGCAAUAAAUGAAUAGAAAAGUCUUUAGAGACCAGCGCCGUGUUAUUUUAUGGCGUUAGACCUGCAUUCGUGAUCGGACGAUAACUUUAGGACCUGGAUAAUAAAGUUUCUAGAUAGUAA